AUGAGAUUCCUCCCGCUGACCACGGUGUUGUUGGUGUUGCUGCCCGUGUGCGGAGCCCGCAGGAUGGGGCGCUGUGAAGUGGCCCGUGCCUUUAGGGCCCAGGGACUUGACGGAUUUGAAGGAUUCAGCCUUGGCAACUAUGUCUGUAUGGCGUUCUGGGAGAGUAAAUGGAAAACCCAUAAAGUACGAGAGGACAAUAACAUCGGGAAGGACUAUGGCAUCUUCCAAAUAAACAGCUUGAAAUGGUGUGAGGAUCAAACACCAGGCGGACAGAAUCUGUGCAAUGUACAAUGUGGAGAACUGCUGAACGACGAUCUGAAGGCUUCCGUUGAGUGUGCAAAGAUCAUCGUGAGAAGGGACGGGCUGAAGGCAUGGGACACGUGGAAUAGUUAUUGCAAUGGGAGAAAGAUGAAGCGUUGGGUGAGAGGUUGUGACCUGAAGAGGAAGGAAUAG